UAUAAUAUUUUUACACUAUACCUAAAAGUACUUUUGUAUCUUGAGAAAGGAAUGGAAACCAUAAUAUUUUUUGCUAAAAUUUGUUGAAAUUUUUUUCCAUCUAUUUUUAUAUUAUUCUAUUUUGAGAGAAAUUAUUUUUGAUAUAACUAAUAAACGGUCUUUUCGGAUUGUACUGAGAAAGAGAGUACUGCCAACAACUUAAUAAAUCAGACGACUGUGUGCCCUAUACUCAGCUGAAUAUAGAUUUCUUAUAUUUUUUAACUCUGUGUGCAAAAUUUGCUUUACUGGGCCUUUUCUUGUGUCUAUCUUGAUUGAGUUUUUGGUAAUCUUAAGGGCAUUUCCACUCAACUUAUCUUUUACUGUUCUGUAACUCUUGUUAUCUACAGGUAAAGUUUUUUUUUUCUGCAAUUGUGUACAAUUGUUCUCUCUCUUUUAUGUCAUCAUACUUUGAGUUGUUCCUGUAAUUUUUUGAAAUUGCAAAUUACUGUUUCUGUAUGCAAACACCAUGUGGUAUUUGUUUGUUGUACCUGCACCAAAGAACUUUGAGACUCACAUGAAUAGCUUAUUGUUAUGGACCUGAACCAAAGUGUUUAAUAGUCAUCAUUUUCUUUCCAUGAAGUGAACUGUUUCAUAAUUUUUUUCUGCAGGUUGAUUUAGAAGAUUUACUUGUAACUCAAACACCACAUUCCUCUGUGCUGUAAAUAGUUGCUUAAGUGUUCCUAGUCAAAGUAUUUUCUCCCUUUGUGUGAGUGUCAGAGUGUGUGUGUGAUUUUUUUUUUUUUUUUUUUUUUUGGGGGGGGGGGGGGGUCUGUGUCUGUGUGUAGUCAUGAAAGAAGGACGCCUUCUUUCAUGGUGUAGUGUUGAAGUCAUGAGGAGAAUUUUGUUUGGAACCUUUCAACAGUGCUUUUACUUAAAUUAAUGUUAGUGUGGUAGAAAAACAUUAGACUGUUACCCAGUCAGGGUUAUAAAAUAAAUAAAGAAACCAAAGACAAAACUUUUUUUUGGUGUGUGUUGUGUGGGGGGGGGGGUAUUUUCUUUAUCAAAGUGGUUAGUAUUAAGCAUUUCCUCUUGUUUCUUUUGAUAUCCAUGUAUUUAUUCGUUAAUUUUCAUGUGUGUUUCUUUUCAUGUAAUGUCUGUGUUUUUUUAAGAUGAUCAUUCUUAUUUGCGUGCAUGUUUGAUGUGGAUGGCAAGUUGAAGGUGUGAAUACUACUUGUUUUACCAUGUAAUUUACAAUAAACUUCGCCCCUUUGAUGAUAAAACUGGAACUUUGCUGUACAAUCCUAUCUGGAGCAAGUUAUCUUUCAAAAAGAGCUUCCGUCUUGUGGAUGGAUUGGGCCUCAACACCUUCACUUCCAUUGGCUGGUCGCAGUGGUGCAUCAGCAAUUGUACCAAAGAAAAGUAAUCGCGGUGUGUCAACUGUGUCACCGUUUAUUUGUCCUGAUUGUGGGAAGACCUACAAACAUAAGAUUACUCUAAAUCGGCAUGUCAGACUUGAGUGUAAUAAGGAACCCCAGUUUCAGUGUCCAGUGUGUCCCAUGCGCUUCAAGCAAAAGGGCCAUAUGGCAUUUUAUCAAUUCCCAAUUCUUGGGAAUUAUGUCCUUCAACCCGUACUUCCAACUGUGAAAACACACCAAUAGAUGGGCCUUAUCCUUGCCCUUCAUGUGGCAAAGUGUACAAAUGGAAGAUAACAUUAAAUAGGCAUCUUAAAUUAGAGUGUGGACAAGAACGCCAAUUUCAAUGUAAUCAGUGUUUUAUGCGUUUCAAACGGAAAGGCCAUCU